AUGAAGCAGCUCGCCGAUGCCGGUAUCUACCUGGUCGCUGAUGUCAACAGCCCUCAGUACUCCAUCAACCGUGCCGACCCCCACCCCUCGUACAACGCCGUCUACCUCCAGAGCGUCUUCGCCACCAUCGACGAGUUCGCCAAGUACGACAACACUCUCGCUUUCUUCUCUGGAAACGAGGUCAUUCACGACGACCCAAAGACCACCCUGACGGCUCCUUACGUCAAGGCUGUCACCCGUGACAUGAAGAACUACAUGGCCUCCCGCGGCCUCCGCCACGUCCCCGUCGGUUACUCUGCUGCCGAUGUCGCUGACAACCGCAUGCAGACUGCCGCCUACUUCAACUGCGGCAGCGACGACGCUCGUAGCGACUUCUUCGCUUUCAACGACUACUCCUGGUGCAACACCAACUACAAGGAGGCCGGCUGGGACAUCAAGGUUAAGAACUUCACCGACUAUGGUCUCCCCAUUUUCCUGUCUGAGUACGGCUGCAUCACCAACGGCCGUGACUUCAACGAAAUCCAGGCUCUCAUGAGCAACGACAUGACCCCAGUCUACUCUGGUGGUCUCAUGUACGAGUACUCUCUCGAGGACAACGACUUCGGUAUUGUCACCAUCGAUGGCAGCUCCGUCAAGGAGGAGCCCGAGUUUGCCAAGCUUGCCAGCGCCAUGUCCAAGUACCCUGCUCCCACUGGCGACGGCGGUGCCGCCAAGACCACCAAGGCUGCCUCCUGCCCUACUUCCGACUCUAACUGGAUGGUCGACCCCACCAAGAUUCCUACCAUGCCCGAGAAGGCCCAGAAGUACAUGACUGAGGGUGCUGGUGACGGCCCUGGUCUGAAAGGCCCUGGCUCCCAGAAUGCUGGCGACAGCGCUUCUGACGGUGAGACCACUGGAGGCACCGCUUCCCCUACUGCUUCUGGCGCCGCUUCUGGUGCUUCUGCCACCGGCUCCUCUAACGCUGCUGCGGGCAUGACCUUCAGUGGCCCCAUUGAGAAGGCCCCUCUCAUCAUCAGCGGACUCACUGUCAUGUUCACCCUGUUCGGUGCCGUUCUGUUGUAA